AUGGAGCAGGGGGUGUUUCCCUCUACUUGGGGAACUCGAACUCUAUCCCCUAUAAAUUGCCCUCGCCCCCAGUUGCAAACCUUCAGUGUAACUCUCGGUGCCUUGGAUUUUCUGGAGAAGCAAGGAGAGGAACUCCCCCCAGUAGCUGCGGUGCGAUCCGAGUCAUCAGCGAGGUAUUGGGCUCUUCCCCCAACCCUCUCCUUUUUGCUUUCCUUCGAGAGAGUUAUCAACCCCUGUCUCGGUAGUAGCUCUAUCAAUAUCGCGCGGCUCGCUGUCGCCUACGGUGCCGGCCCCGGUCUCGGCGGUAACUCCCGCAGCUUCGUGCAGUUCGCUGCCUCAUGUUGUGCUGGCCAACGCGCCGCCCGGGGACAGAUUGCGGAAAUUGGGCUUUUUGCUGCCGACAUUGGAGGCUGCCAGUGGUGGACAUCCCGCAAUGUUUUAUUCCGUCAUGUCUGUUUGAGCCUAGCCCACAAAAUUCUCUACCGAUGUGUCUAUUAA